GCAGUUCCCUAACUCAUGACCACGAGGGUCUCCAUAUAAGCAUCCCGUCCACCCGGCCAACCGAUACUCCCACCUCGUUGGUCACCUUAGGUUGCCCUCGCAGCAUCUUCGUACCGAGCAUGCAAACCCCGCGGCGGGAAAAUUGCACAAAUAUUCCGUCGAGUUGUAUUAGCCGUUGACCGCUUCACUUCAGGUUGAGAUGCGGGGAUCCUGUACGAGUAUUAUCCAUCUGGGCAUUCUGUCGUGCAAAUCUCUGGAUGUUUGGGGUUUGCAGCCCUUCCCCCAUCAACCACAAGGUACAUAGUACAUGAAUUAGUGAUCCAAACUCGUCGUUACCUCUAGUCUCAUACGCUCCGAGCCCUCGGCCGUUAACAUGAAAUUCAUACUUCUCUCAGCAAACUGCGUACUGGCAGCAGCCGCGGCGGCAGGGCGGCCAAAGUGCGCGUCAGUUCAUGCGCUUAGCAGGACACCGGCUUCAGCCAUCUCCCAGCCCCAUGUGCCUCAGUUUGUGAGCUACUCGUUUGAGCCGGCCUUCUGGACCGAGUUUUUCGGCGAGCCCGACUCCCCCAGGGAGCUGACCUUCAGUCUCCUCAACCAUUUGCAUGAACGCGGGGUCAGGCCGAUCAUCCGUGCAGGAGGCAUUACCAUGGAUAGCAUGGUGUUCGACCCCAGCCAGAAGCUGUCCGUUGUGCGCACAGAGAACGAAGAAGGGGGUAUAUACAGGACGACGAUUGGCCCGGCCUUUUACCAGCACUGGGACAACUUCCCCGAGGGCACGAGCUUCGUGUCGACGCUCAACUUUGGCAACAACUCGGUCAGCAUUGCCCGGGACCUCGCGGUGGCGUCCUAUCAACUUCAACGAGACAAGAUCACAUACUACGAGCUGGGAAACGAGCCGACCAACUACCCGACCAGCCGAUGGAACGCGAGCACCGAAGCGUACAUUUCCCAGUGGCAGGAAUUCACGGAAGAGAUCGACGCGGCCAUCGACGACGACAGCCACGGACGGUGGUGGGCAUCCAGCGCCACCACCGACGUAACACCCCUCAAGGUCCGACCCAGCGACCUCAUCCCCGCGGGCGUCAACUCCACCGGCCAAGUCGGCCUCUACUCGAUCCAUUCCUACGCCUUCGCAACCUGCGAACCGCCCCGCGCAGCACGCGCCACGAUCCCCAACAUCCUCAACCACACGGACCUCGUCCGGUACGCCGACGACGAGAUCUACCCCUCGGCGCAGGCCGCGCUGGCCUCGGGCGCGCAGUGGGUCGUCGGCGAGUUCAACUCGAUCGCGUGCAGCGGCAAGCCCAACGUGUCGGACACCUUCGCGCAGGCGCUGUGGACGGCCGACGUCGAGCUGCUGUACGCGGUGCGCAACGCGAGUAGUGUGCACCUGCACCAGGGCGCCACGCUCGCGUUCCAGAGCGACCAGCAGCUCAAUACCCCCGGGGAUGAUGGCUCGCCGGGGUUUAGCAGCUACUCGCUGCUGUAUCCUGUUGACUCCACGAAGAGGGGUGAGGCUCGUGUGCUGCCGGUGUUCGUGUCACAGCUGCUGGUGGCGGAGGCGUUGGCGGAUGGGGGGCGGAUUGCGGCGCUGGAGACGCCGCGCGGUGUGCGUGAGCAGGAGUUUUCGGCGUAUGCGGUCUUUUAUCCUGGGGAGGGAGGCGGCGAGUUGAGGCUGGCGAAGCUGGUCAUUCUGAACAUGAAGCCGUAUUACGCGGGCCAGGAAGCGGCGCCGUCUAAGCUGUCACUCGAUAUUGGGAAGCAUGGAGGGGCUACUGUCAAGCGCAUGACGGCUCCGUUUGUGGACGAGAAGGACGCUGCGAAGGUCACUUGGGCAGGUCAGUCGUUCAGGACUGGGGAGGCUGUCGGGGAGUUGGCCCUAGAGCGCCUCGGGCGGGAUAAGAGGGUGUCCGUAAGAGACAGUGAGGCGGUUCUUCUUACGUUUGAGGAUGAUGGUUUGAAAUUCUGAUCAUGCAAUUGGAAUGGAUGAGGCCUUCAUCCCACCGAUGA